CGGACUAAUUUGUAAAAGUGGGAUAACUGCAUCGUUCGUUUAAUUAAUCGUGCAAUUACGAGUUAAUUCUGGUGGCAAAGUAGUAGGAGCGUUGAUACGAGAUAGUUCGUCUAGUUUACACGCAUCGACAUGGCUAUGCAGAGUGGUAGAGAAGAGAUUCCGAACCCUGUUUAUGAUAAUGGAGUUUGGAGAGGAACGAAAAUUGAUUUGCCAGAGGGAUACUUUAAAAUCGGAGAGAGAGUUCGUAGUCAAUUUGAAAAAUAUCCAGAUUUCGUAGGACAGAUUGACGGUGCGACGGGAAUAAAAGACACGUUCAAUUGUAUGGGUGCAAGAACUACAAAGUGCGCAGUAUGGCUUAAAAAACAAGGCGUCAGUCGUGGAGAUGUCGUUGGUCUGUGUUCAAAAAAUCAUUUGGACAGUUGCAUACCGCUUUUAGCUUCUUUCUAUGUAGGAGCUAUUUUCAACCCCUGGUGGGACAGUUGUUUAGAUGAAGAACUGGUGAUGUAUUUUAUAAACACAACAAAGCCAAAAGUAUUGUUUGUUGACGAGGACAAUGCGGAAAUAAUUAUCAAGGCAAUGACUAAAAUUGAUUAUUCAUUGCCUGUAGUAAUUUUCGGUGAAAAAACUGGUCUGCUAUCUUUCAAAGACAUUUUGCAGACUCAAAAUGACGAUGAAGUUAGAAAAUUUAAAUGUACGGAAAUAGAAGCUGAAGACCCAGCGUUAAUAAUGUACACUUCAGGAACAACAAGCGCUCCAAAAGGAGCUUUACAUUCUUACCGAUCAUGUGUUCAUAUGGCCGUCCAUUACCCAACUGACACUACAUCACAAACUAUUCUAUGGUUUUCCAGCCUCUGCUGGAUAACUGGAGUAUUGGUAACCAUAAGAUCAAUUAUCUAUAAAGCUACGAUGAUUGUUUCUCAUAAUUUGAGCGAAGAAGAGGCUUGCAGAUACAUAGAAAAGUAUAAGAUUACGCGACUAACCUUGGGUACAAGUGUAGCGAACCGAUUUAGUAAAACAGAGCAAGUAUGGAAGUAUGAUGUGUCAUCAAUGAGUUUGGUGCUUAGCGGCGGAGGAAUUUUCAGAAAUGAGGUCGUAGAAUUUUUAUGUACUCUAUUUAAGAAUGCAGCUGUUCACACCGGUUAUGGUAGCACUGAGUGUGGAAUAAUAGUGGUUGGGAAAGUUGAGCCUAAUAAAUUAACUUCAUGUGGUAAAACACUUGCUAACAUAGAAAUCAAAGUAGUGGAUCCUGAAACUAAUAAAAUUCUUGGACCGAAUGAAAAUGGAGAGUUGUGGUGCCGAAGCCAAACGUUAAUGACUCGAUACUGGAAUAAUCCAGCAACAACUGAAGAAGCUAUCGACUCAGAAGGAUGGUACCACACUGGAGACCUGGGGUAUUAUGACAACGAUGGUGAUAUUUUCAUUGUCGAAAGAAUAAAAGAAUUGAUAAAAUACCGCCUUCAUCAUGUACCGCCAGCAGCCAUCGAAAGUGUAAUUCAAGAUCUUCCGGGAGUUGCGGAAGUAGCAGUUGUUGCUAAACCAAGUCUUGAAGAUCUAGAACUUCCAAUGGCUUUUGUUACCAAAGUGCCCGGAAUGCAAAUUACUGAGGCUGAAAUUAAUGAAGCCGUAGAAAAAAAACUCCACGACAGAAUGAAACUUCGAGGCGGGAUUUGUUUUUUGGAAAAAAUGCCCUAUACCAAUUCGAAAAAAAUAUCUAAAAAAGAACUUCGUGCCAUGGCAAGAGCUUUAGCAGAAAAUAAACAAUAUUCAAGUGCAAUAGAUAUGGCUGCGAAACCAAGUCCACGAGAGAUUCCGAAACCUGUUUAUGAAAAUGGAGUUUGGAGAGGAACAAAAAUUAAUUUGCCAGAGGGAUACUUUAAAAUCGGACAGAGAGUUCGUAGUCAAUUUGAAAAAUAUCCAGAUUUCGUAGGACAGAUUGACGGUGCAACGGGAAAAAAAGACUCGUUCAAUUGUAUGGGCGCAAGAACUACAAAGUGCGCGUUAUGGCUUAAAAAACAAGGCGUUAGUCGUGGAGAUGUCGUUGGUCUGUGUUCAAGAAAUCAUUUGGACAGUUGCAUACCACUUUUAGCUUCUUUCUAUUUAGGAGCUAUUUUUAACCCCUGGUGGGACAGUUGUUUAGAUGAAGAACUGGUGACGUAUUUUAUAAACACAACAAAGCCAAAAGUGUUGUUUGUUGACGAGGACAAUGCGGAAAUAAUUAUCAAGGCAAUGACUAAAAUUGAUUAUUCAUUGCCUGUAGUAAUUUUCAGUGAAAAAACUGGUCUGCUAUCUUUCAAAGAUAUUUUGCAGACUCAAAAUGACGAUGAAGUUAGCAAAUUCAAAUGUACGGAAAUAGAAGCUGAAGACCCAGCGUUAAUAUUGUAUACAUCAGGAACAACAAGUUCUCCAAAGGGAGCUCUACAUUCUUACCGAUCAUUCAUUACUAUGAUAAGUUAUUACCCACCAGACUCUACACCCCAUACUGUUCUAUGGUUUUCUGGACUCUGCUGGAUGUCUGGACUACUAACAAUCUUACGGUCAAUUACAUGCAAAGUUACGAUGAUUGUUUAUCAUAAUUUAGGCGAAGAAGAAGCCUGUAGGCUCGUAGAAAAAUACAAGGUUACUCGGAUAUCAAUGGGUACAAGCACAGCUAAUAGAUUCAGUAAGACAAAAGGCGUAUGGAAGUAUGAUGUAUCAUCAGUUGUUUCAGUAAGCUAUGGUGGCGGAAUCGCUAUAAAAGAAGUUGUCGAAUCCUUACGUAAUUUAUUCAAUAAUGCAGUUAUUUACGUCGCUUAUGGUAGCACCGAAUGUGGAGCAGUAGCAGGAGGAAAAGUUGACUCCAGCAAAUUAACCUCAUGUGGAAAAGUAUUUUUCAAUACAGAUCUAAAAAUAGUUGACCCUGAAACUAAUAAAAUUCUUGGACCGAAUGAAAAUGGAGAGUUGUGGUGCCGAUGCCGAACAUUAAUGACUCGUUACUGGAAUAAUCCUGCAGCAACUGAAGAAGCUAUCGACUCAGAAGGAUGGUACCACACUGGAGACCUGGGGUCUUAUGACAACGAUGGUGAUAUUUUCAUUUUCGAAAGAAUAAAAGAAUUGAUAAAAUACCGCCUUCAUCAUGUACCGCCAGCAGCCAUCGAAAGUGUAAUUCAAGAUCUUCCGGGAGUUGCGGAAGUAGCAGUUGUUGCUAAACCAAGUCUUGAAGAUCUAGAACUUCCAAUGGCUUUUGUUACCAAAGUGCCCGGAAUGCAAAUUACCGAGGCUGAAAUUAAUGAAGCCGUAGAAAAAAAACUCCACGACAGAAUGAAACUUCGAGGUGGGAUUUGUUUUUUGGAAAAAAUGCCCUAUACAUCUUCGAAAAAAAUAUCUAAAAAAGAACUCCGUGCCAUGGCAAGAUGUUUAGCAGAAAAUAAAAAUUCAAGUGCAACAGAUAUGGCUGCGAAACCAAGUCCACGAGAGAUUCCGAAACCUGUUUAUGAAAAUGGAGUUUGGAGAGGAACAAAAAUUAAUUUGCCAGAGGGAUACUUUAAAAUCGGACAGAGAGUUCGUAGUCAAUUUGAAAAAUAUCCAGAUUUCGUAGGACAGAUUGACGGUGCAACGGGAAAAAAAGACACGUUCAAUUGUAUGGGCGCAAGAAGUACAAAGUGCGCAGUAUGGCUUAAAAAACAAGGCGUUAGUCGUGGAGAUGUCGUUGGUCUGUGUUCAAAAAAUCAUUUGGACAGUUGCAUACCGCUUUUAGCUUCUUUCUAUUUAGGAGCUAUUUUUAACCCCUGGUGGGACAGUUGUUUAGAUGAAGAACUGGUGAUGUAUUUUAUAAACACAACAAAGCCAAAAGUGUUGUUUGUUGACGAGGACACCGCGGAAAUAAUUAUCAAGGCAAUGACUAAAAUUGAUUAUUCAUUGCCUGUAGUAAUUUUCGGUGAAAAAACUGGUCUGCUAUCUUUCAAAGACAUUUUGCAGACUCAAAAUGACGAUGAAGUUAGGAAAUUUAAAUGCACGGAAAUAGAAGCUGAAGACCCAGCGUUAAUAUUGUAUACAUCAGGAACAACAAGCCUUCCAAAGGGAGCUCUACAUUCUUACCGAUCAUUCAUUACUAUGAUAAGUUAUUACCCACCAGACUCUACACCCCAUACUGUUCUAUGGUUUUCUGGACUCUGCUGGUUGUCUGGACUACUAACAGUCUUACGGUCAAUCAUAUGCAACGUUACGAUGAUUGUUUACCACAAUUUAGGUGAAGAAGAAGCUUGUAGGCUCGUAGAAAAAUACAAGGUUACUCGGAUAACGAUGGGAACAAGCACAGCUAAUAGAAUCAGUAAGACGAAUGAAGUAUGGAAGUACGAUGUGUCAUCAGUCGUUUUUGUAGCCUGUGCCGGCGGAAUCGCUAAAAAAGAAGUCAUCGAAUCUUUACAAAAUUUAUUCAAAAAUGCAGCUAUUUACGCCGCUUUUGCUAGCAGCGAAUGUGGAGCAGUAACAGGAGGAAUUGUUGAGCCUAAUAAAUUAACCACAUGCGGAAAAGUAUUUUUCAAUACAGAUCUGAAAAUAGUCGACCCUGAAACUAAUAAAAUUCUUGGACUGAAUGAAAGUGGAGAGUUGUGUUGCCGAUGCCGAACAUUAAUGACUCGUUACUGGAAUAAUCCAGCAGCAACUGCAGAAGCUAUCGACUCAAAAGGAUGGUACCACACUGGAGACCUGGGGUAUUAUGACAACGAUGGUGAUAUUUUCAUUGUCGAAAGAAUAAAAGAAUUGAUAAAAUACCGCCUUCAUCAUGUACCGCCAGCAGCCAUCGAAAGUGUAAUUCAAGAUCUUCCGGGAGUUGCGGAAGUAGCAGUUGUUGCUAAACCAAGUCUUGAAGAUCUAGAACUUCCAAUGGCUUUUGUCACCAAAGUGCCCGGAAUGCAAAUUACCGAGGCUGAAAUUAAUGAAGCCGUAGAAAAAAAACUCCACGACAGAAUGAAACUUCGAGGCGGGAUUUGUUUUUUGGAAAAAAUGCCCUAUACAACUACGAAAAAAAUAUCUAAGAAAGAACUCCGCGCCAUGGCAAGACGUUUAGCAGAAAAUAAAAAAUAAUUUCUAAUUAAUAAAGUUACUAAUUAAAUCAAUAUUCUGAGAUUACAUACCGAAUAUCAUCCAAUUAUUAAUUCCCGAUAUCUAUCAGAUUUAAAGAAAUUACCAAUUAAAAAAAAACUAUCGAAUAACAUAAAGAUAUUAAUAUUGAAAUAUUUAUAUUUAUCUCAUAUAUUUUAUACUGAAGUCAAUUAUU